AACUCGAAAGGAUGUGGUCUGCUCUGAGAUGAGGAAGAAAGUGAUGAGGAAGAAGUGCACGGAACUCUGACGGGCUCCCUGCAAACAACUCACCACUAUAGCUCUCGAAAAACAGAGAAAAGUGCCCUGUCGUAGAUUUGGAUUAUUUCAACCUUUCUCGUUUUGAGGUUGCGUCGUGAUUCUGUAAAAGAUGCGUUGAAGACAAAGAAAAGAUGGAAGUGGAGGAGACUGGUGAAACAAGGACUUCCUGGUCUAUGGCACCAGGAGAGACACACUCCAUCCUCUAUGACCAUGCUGGGAAGAAAAGAAAACAGGACCCGGCCCCUGAGCCUGUGAUCAGAAUCACAGAGGAUGAUGAGGAAGAGGAGGAGGGCGAGAUGACGCCCGACCACAUGAAGGAUUCGGAGGAACCCAGUAAUAAAAGGGUCAAACCUGUGGCAAAGUCCAACAGCCUAACAGGCGUCAUAACCCCAGUGAAGACCCCUGCUCUGAAACGCAUCAGUCAGUCCAUUUCGCGGUCAAUUAGUUUCCGCACGGAGGCUCGACCUUUGCCCCCAGCUUCCCUGCGCCCUCGCUCCAAGGCCUCGUCGUUCCCACGCCGGCGCAACAGCCAAUGCUGGAGCGACACCGUGGAGAGUCAUGACCUCACUGCCAAGGAAAUCAAACGUCAAGAGGUGAUCUACGAGCUGACUCAGGGGGAGAGGCAGCUCAUUGAGGACCUCAGCCUGGUUAAGAAGGUGUACUACGAGCCCAUGCUGAAGCUGGACAUUAUGACGGAGAGUGAACUCGGGCAGAUCUUCGGCACUCUGGACUCUCUCAUUCCUCUCCAUGAAGAUCUUCUGAGUCGUCUCGAGCGGCUCAGAGGAUCGGAGAAGACAGUCGGUGAGGUGGGGCCUACUCUGAUGAACUGGUUCCCUUGCCUGGAGGCCUAUGUUACCUACUGCUGUAACCAAGUUGGGGCCAAAGCCCUGCUGGACCAGAAAAAGCACGAGAAGAGAGUGGAGCACUUCCUGCGCCUGUGUCAGGAGUCUUCUUUCAGCAGGAAACUGGACCUGUGGAACUUCCUGGAUCUCCCUCGGAGCCGUUUGGUCAAAUACCCCCUGUUGCUGAAAGAGAUACAGAAGUGCACGCCUCCAGAGCACCCUGAUGAGGACACAUUGCCCGAUGCUUUGGAGCUGAUCCAGAGCAUCGUGGCAGAGGUGAACAAGAAGACAGGGGAGGCUGAGUGUCAGUUCUACAGGCGGGGUCUCUCCUACCUCGAAGAGAGCCAGAGACUACCUGAGAUCCAGCAGUCCCGCUUCCUCUACUGCCACGGAGAACUCAAGAACAACAAGGGCCAGCGUCUGCAUGUAUUCCUGUUUGAGCUGGCUUUGGUGCUGACCAAACCGGUGGAGGACAGAGAGGGAGGUCAGGUGUUCAACGUGUACAGACAGCCCAUGCCCAACGCCUCAAUAAGUCUGGAGGAGAUCCCAGACGGGGAGGCCGGUGGAGGAGGCACCUUCAGAGGAGCCUUCACUGGGGGGAAUGAUAAAGUGAAGAACUGUUUCCGUGUGAGCAGCAGAGGGCGCUCCAAAGCUCACCCUUACAGCCUGCAGGCCAAUGACUCCUUCAGCAAGCAGCAGUGGAUCACCUGCCUGCGCCAGGCGAUCGUCCAGUCGCGAGACAGGACCGCUCAGACCAGCCAAUCCCAGCUCUCACCGCACCCUGAUCCCGCCCUGUAUCACAUAGCUGAGCUCAGCCUCAGCUCAGACACAGAAAUGGCAGACCAUACCAGUCGCUGACUGUCAGACUGAUCACUGGGAGGCCCAUGGGGUCUCUGUAGAUGUGUACAUUGUCAGCGGAGAAAAUAAAUGGGACUGUUUGUGAAGGAUGAUUGUGCUUAGACACACACAUAGAAUGCCCUUGGAUAGUAGAUAAUUUUCUCUUUUUUUGCUCUUUCUGAUGGAUUGUAAGAUUGUGGUGAUACGUACUGUACAGCUUGGAAACAGUAGUUCUGAAUGUGAAUUUACCAUAUAAAAUGUUUUUGCUAACAAUGUUUUUUUUUUUUUUUAAAUAAACUGACAUGUAAAACUUAA